GUCACUAGUCACUAUCAUGAAGACAUGAACCACAAAUACUUAAAGUACAUGUAAAAAAUUCAUAGAUCACUCUACUCUACACCUAGUGAAAUAUUCCCAAAACAACAAUCCAACAAUAAUAGUCCUGCUCCAUCUCCUCACUCCACUCACACACACAAUAAUAAUUAACACAAUGGGUUCUGUGAGUGUUGUCUCCACCACCACAAUCCAAGCACCAAGUCACCAUAACAACUCAUCAACUCAUAAAAUCGAUUUAACACCAUGGGAUCUCCCAUUCCUCCAAGUUGAAACCAUCCAAAAAGGCCUUCUUUUUCACCACACCAUUCACCCAAACCAAAUCAACCAUUUGAAACACACCCUUUCCUCCACUCUCUCCUUCUUCCCUCCCCUCGCUGGCCGUCUCGUAAUUACACACCACAAAGACAACAACAAUGCCUCAUGUUUCAUCAUUUGUAACAACCUUGGUGCGCUCUUUGUUCACGCCACAGCACAAAACACUACCGUUGCCGACAUCCUUCAACCCAACUACGUACCUCCCGUUGUUCACUCCUUUUUCCCACUUAACGGCGUUAAAAACUGUGAAUCCACUUCACAGCCCAUUCUAGCAAUUCAAGUAACGGAACUACUAGACGGCGUCUUCAUUGGCUUCACAAUCAACCACGUUGUCUCAGACGGCAAGUCGUUUUGGCAUUUCGUAAAUUCUUGGUCCCAAAUCUCAAAAGGUCACAAAAUAGCCAAACUCCCUUCACUUAAACGUUGGUUCCCAAACGACAUUGAACUUCCCAUAAAGCUCCCUUUCACAACAACAGAAUUACUAAAAGAACCCUCCUUCAACAAACUACCUGAAAGAAUCUUCCAUUUCACAAAGGAGAAAAUCGCAGAACUUAAAUCAAAAGCUAACGCAGAAGCUGAAACAGAGAAAAUUAAAAUAUCUUCGCUUCAAGCGGUAUUAUCUCACGUUUGGCGUUGCGUGAUUCGUUGCAAAAGACUUGAUCCACAAGAAGAGGUUCGUUACGUGUUGCUGAUAGGUGUUAGACCAAGGAUGGUUCCGCAGCUCGAAGAAGAAUAUUUCGGAAACGCUGCGUUGGUUUGUGGUGUGACGAUGAAAGCAGGGGAAGUUCAAGAGAGUGGGAUUGGGAAUGUUGCUAUGGAGAUGAACAAGAUGAUUUCAUUACACAGUGACGAGAAAAUUAUGGAAAGUUAUGAGUGUUGGUUGAGGACACCGAGGUUGCUUACGAUUGGUGGUAUGACCGGUGGUAAUUCAUUGGCGACUAGUAGUUCGCCGAGGUUUGAUGUUUAUGGUAAUGAUUUUGGUUGGGGGAAGCCUGUGGCUGUACGAAGUGGUGGUGCGAAUAAAAAUAAUGGGAAGAUUAGUGUGUUUGUUGGAGCUGAUGAAGGUAGUAUGGACAUUGAAGUUUGUCUUCCUUUUGAGAUUUUGGAGGCCAUGGGAAAUGACACUGAGUUCAUGCUUGCCAUUUCUAAGUAAUUUAGCUUUCAAAGUAUUAGGAUAUGAAGCGGUUAUACUUCCAAUUGAAGAUGUGCUAUGUUUGAUAUUAAUAUGCUUAGUUUACAUUCAAUUGCUUCUAUUUUUGCUAAAAACUCUAAAUGUUGUGUUUGUGUUUGUAUGUGUAAGUGUGUGUAGGUAUUGUUGAAUGAGUUUAGGGUCUUAAUUUCUCCAACUUGGACCACCACUCCUUCAAUAUGUAACUUUUAUUGUUACUUUAAUAUGAUGAAGAGACAUAUCACUUUCUUUUUUCUA